GCGUUUUAGCAACUUGGAGAGCGCGAGGCGGCGGAGGGGAGGGAGAAAGUUUGCUUCCCCGACGUCAGCGCCGGGCGGGCCGCGGCGGCCGGGGGGCGAGCAGGCGGCGGGGAGCGGGGCCGAGCGCGGGGCGGCCGCGGGGCGCGCUCGCUCCGACCCGCGCCUGCCACCCGCGCCGGCGACCCCGGGGCCCUGGCGGGCAUGGACAGCGCGGCCGCCGCCGCCGCCGCCGCCGCCUUCGCCCUGGACAAGCCGCCGCUGGGCCCGGGGCCGCCGCCGCCGCCCGCGCUGGGGCCCGGCGACUGCGCCCAGGCGCGCAAGAACUUCACGGUGAGCCACCUCCUGGACCUGGAGGAGGUGGCGGCGGCCGGGCGGCUGGCGGCGCGCCCCGCGGCCCGGGCCGAGGCGCGGGAGGGCGCGGCGCGGGAGCCGUCCGGGGGCAGCAGCGGCAGCGAGGCGGCGCCGCAGGACGGUGAGUGUCCGAGCCCCGGGCGCGGCGGCGGCGGCGCCGCCAAGCGGAAGAAGAAGCAGCGGCGGAACCGGACCACGUUCAACAGCAGCCAGCUGCAGGCGCUGGAGCGCGUGUUCGAGCGCACGCACUACCCCGACGCCUUUGUGCGCGAGGAGCUGGCGCGGCGCGUCAACCUCAGCGAGGCGCGUGUGCAGGUCUGGUUUCAGAACCGCCGGGCCAAGUUCCGCCGAAACGAGAGGGCCAUGCUGGCCAACCGCUCUGCCUCGCUGCUCAAGUCCUACAGCCAGGAGGCCGCCAUCGAGCAGCCCGUGGUUCCCCGGCCCGCCACCCUGAGCCCCGAUUAUCUUUCCUGGACGGCCUCGUCCCCCUACAGCACGGUGCCGCCCUACAGCCCUGGAGGCUCAGGCCCUGCGACCCCGGGAGUCAACAUGGCCAACAGCAUCGCCAGCCUCCGUCUCAAGGCCAAGGAGUUCAGCCUGCACCACAGCCAGGUGCCCACGGUGAACUGAUGGUCGGCCCGCCAGGACCCAGCUGCCCGCCUGGUCUCACAACGGCAGAGAGGGCAGACGUGCGGGAGAGUGCCCUUCUCCUGUCCCCUGUCUCCAGGACAGGGAUCUCCUGGGCCCUCUCUCCAGUCUGGACUCCCGGGCCCAAGAGGCUGCUGAGAUCCCGGGAGCCUGGCUCAGGCCCCCGUCUACAGCCGUGGGAGACUUUGGCCCAUGACCUUUGGGGGGGGUUGGGCCAGAGGUGGAGCAGGAACCCCACGAGGACUGCAUUUAUUUUGUGUAUUAAAACCAAAAAGCUUUCGUCUUUAAGAAAUAAAAAAAAAUUUUUUUUUAAA